AAUACGGCGGAAAAGAGAGAAUGUUCUCGCCGCCGCCGCCGCUGCGCGUGGUGUCGAGGCGCAGCGUGAAGCCGCCGCCACGGCCGCGCGAGCUCAUCCCUGUCACGUCGUGGGACGCCCCCGGUCUGUUCAUGAACUACAUCCAGAAGGGCCUCCUCUUCGCGCAGCCACCGCUCCCCACGACCGAGCUCGUUGACCACCUUCAGGCCGCCCUCGCCGGCGCACUCGCCUCGUACUACCCCGUGGCCGGCCGCUUCGUCACGGAACAGCACCGCGACGACCAGGGAGACGUCGUUGGCUGCUCGUUCGCUAUUGACUGUGGCGGCCAGGGCGUCGACAUCCUCCACGCCGUCGCCGACGGCGUCGCCGUCGCCGACGUGAUACCUCCCGACACGGAUGUCCCACGCAUCGUCCAGGCAUUGUUCCCGCUCAACGGUGCCGUCAACUACGACGGCCACGAGCUCCCGGUGUUCGUCGCCCAGGUAACCGAGCUCGUCGACGGCGUCUUCCUCGGCUUCGCGUGCAACCACGCGCUCUGCGACGGCACCGCGUUCUGGAACUUCCUCAACGCAUGGGCCGAGAUCGCGCGCACCAGGCUCGUGCCGACGUCGCGGCCGCCCUUGUUCGAGCGGUGGUUGCCCGACGGCGGCGCGGCGGCGCCGGCCGUGCUCCCGUACGCGGACCCGUCGGUGCUCAUCAAGAGACCAACGCCAGUGUCGCCUCUGCGCGAGCGGAUGCUGCACUUCUCAGCGAACUCCCUGGCGGCGCUCAAGGAGCGGGCGCGGCAGGAGCUCCUGGCAGCCGGGGACACAGCCGGCGCAGGCGCCUUGACGAGGUUCCAGGCGUUGACCUCCCUUGUGUGGAGGUGCUUCACCCGCGCCCGGCGCCUGGCGCCGGACCAGGAGACCGUGUGCUACGCGGCCGCCGACAACCGCGGGCGGCUGCGCCCGCCACUUCCGGCGGAGUACUUCGGUAACAGCAUCAGCGCCAUCAGGACGGAGGCGGUGCUCGCGUCGGAGCUGCUGGCGCGCGGGCACGGGUGGGCGGCGGCGGCGGUGGGGCGGGCGGUGGCGGCGCACACGGACGCGAGCAUCCGGGCCCGCGCGGUGGCGUGGGCGGCGAACCCGGCGCUGUACGCUGCGGGGUCGUUCCCCACGAACUGCGUGGUUAUGGGGAGCUCGCCGCGGUUCGACAUGUACGGGUGCGACUUCGGGUGGGGGAAGGCUCUGGCGGCUCGCAGCGGCAUGGCCAACAAGAUGGACGGGAAGGUGUCGCUGUAUCCCGGGCGGGACGGCGGCUUCGACGUGGAGGUGUCGAUGUUGCCGGAGUACAUGGCGGCGCUGGAGCAGGACGAGGAGUUUUGGGCCGCCGUGUCGCCGGACGCAGUGCCGCCGGGCAUGAAAGAGUGAAGCUUUUUACCACUGUUUACCUCGUUGGCUCGUUGCCUCUUUGGAAAGGGUGUUGAACACUUGAACUGCAUGCCUGUUUUUCCGUUUAUUUCUUGUUUCCUUUAACCUUCAGGUGAUGAAUAAUAAAAGCCCGCGAGCAUCUAAA